UAUGCUAUGAUUGAAUAAUUGAGAAGAGAAAUGUCCCCGUUUGCCCUUUUCCGUUUGCCUGGGCUUUUCCAUAAAAAGCAGGAGACAUAUCGAGUAAAGAGGAGGUUCGUUCCGUUGCCGCUAGAUGACUCUGUAGAUGAUUCUGUAAUUAUUUCCCAUAAUAAACCACUCUUCACUACCUUCGGGUACAACAGUGAGCAGACCCUAGAAUCUAUUCUACGAGGGGACGAGGAUCUAGAUGGGAUGGUUGGCCGACGAAAGGGCGGGAGGAAACGGCCCCGCCUCCCCGCCGUAGAGGCGGAUUGGGAGGAUUCAAGUCAACUCUAUUCUUUGAGUGAGGAAAGAAGACAUUUACCAGCGCCCCCUCCAGAUAUGCUUGAAACGUGUACAGAUGAUGUUGAUGGGAACAAUAAUGUACAGGACGGAGUACUGGACAAGUUUAACCAGCUGUAUGAUGAACUAGGAGAAGGGGAAACCGACCAGGACGUAGAUCAGAUUUAUGAAGCUUUAAUAGGAGAAGAAUUAGAUCAUUUUGGGAAAGCUGCGUCCUACCUUCCUCCUGAGAUAUAUAAAAUACAUACAGAGAGUCAUACACAACGAAUGGGGAUCUUAACAAGGUAUGUUGAGAGUUCAGCUUUCUCCUCUCUUGGUUCAGCAGAAGGAGAAGGAGGAGGGAAUCCCUCAUAUAUUUCACAUGAAGGAGGGAACGGAUUUGUCUCAAUGCUCUCCAAUGUAUCCCGGAGUAAGGAUGAAUUCUACGAUAUGUUCUCCACGGAGCAAAGUUCAACUCUGGAGAUAUUUCAUGAACCAGAAUAUCUGCCUCCGCCCCGACUAGACUUUAUUCCGCCACGGCAGAUAUAUAUCCUUACAAGCCUGGGCGGAGAGGAUGAGGACGAGGAUGAGGAUGAAAUGGAAGAAUUUUCUAAGAUUGAUGAAAGUAUUGAAAUAAAAAUGAUAAAUGAUCAGGAAGAAGAUUUAAAGAAAGAGCAUAUUGCAGAACACGAACUAAAAGGAAAAGAAACACAAAAUUCACCGAAAAAGAAAAACGCCGCGAUUGACAGAAUACUCGAAGAAGAAAAACUACUUAACAACCAAAAAACUAAAACAAAACUUGAAGACGACAUUCUAUUUAGUCCCCCGAACUGGGAAGAGUUUAGUUUUGACACUCAGAAUGGAUUUGUUAAAAUUUCCGAACUUGAUCUCGGAGAAAAUACUCAUUUUGCUGCGAAUCUAAACAAUCCUGAAAAAAUAAGAUCGACUAAUGAAGAACGAAAAGCUCUGGACUCUGAUACAAAAGUAUUAACAGAAGAGGAAUAUUAUUGUACUCCAAGAUCUAUAAGACCAGAUUCAAUAUCUCCUUAA